AUGGCAUCACUUGUUGAGAAACUCACUGCCGAGGGCGGCGGAGAAUCUGUCCGCUUCUUGAACGACAUCGUCGCCCAUCUCUGGCCACACAUCAAUGUUGCCGCCAGCAAGAUGACCAAGGAAAUCGCCGACCCCAUGUUCAAGACCAUGCUUCCAGGCCCCCUCGCCAGUCUGCACUUCACGAAGAUUGAUCUCGGCCAUGUUCCCUUCCAGCUCUCUAACGUCCUCGUGACGAAGACGGAGGCGGACUGUAUCAAGCUGGACAUGAAUGUUGACUGGGCGGGCAAAUGUGAUAUUGAGCUGGAUGGCAACAUGAUCCCGACACUUGGAGUCGAAAAAGUCGCCCUUCAUGGGAGGCUCUCCAUUCUGCUUGGUCCGACUUCUGAUAUCAUUCCUCUGAUUGGAGCUGCUCAAAUCGCUUUUGUGAACCCACCAGUGCUCAAGCUAGACUUCACAGGUGCCGCUAAUCUUGCUGACCUUGAUAUGAUCGAUGGAUCCGUACGUCGGGUCAUCCUCAGCAUCAUCAACUCCAUGUUUGUGAUGCCCAACCGCUUCUUGUACAAAAUCGAUGCCGCCAACGAUUACUUCAAGACCCAAAUCUCCCCGAUUGGCAUCAUCCGGCUCACAGUCGAGAAGGCGACAGGUUUCGCAGAGGAGAAGCAGAGUACAGGCAAGAGGCUCUUCUCAAAGCUCACUGGUGCCUCCCCCGAUACCUAUUGCAAGGUCAGCGUUGGUGCUGAAGAACCAUGGCAGACCUCUGUUAAGAAUAACACUACCAAUCCUAGCUGGAACGAAGUGCACGAUUUCGUGGUCACUGAUCUGAACCAAUGCAUUGCCGUUGACCUACUGGACCACGACCUCAACAGCGAUGACAAGAUUGGUCUUGGUGUCACUACUGUCAAGGACAUCUUGUCUGCCGGUGGUAAGCAUGAUCUGAGCCUAGUACACAAAGAAAAGCCAGUCGAGGGCAAAAUCUCGCUGUCUUGCAAAUUCUAUCAUUUCGCAUCCGAGAAUAGCAGCUUCUCUGCGUCGGAACACAGCGCCGAAGGCUCACUGUGUGGUGUGGCAACCGUCCUAGUGGCUGGUGCGUUCAGUGUUCCUGGCAAGCGGGAGGAGAUUAAGCCCAGUGUCGUUGUGACUUGGGGCGAGAAGCAUCACUUCCAAACUGCCGUCAUCACGGACACACCAGGCACAGACAUUUCCAAUCCGACUUUCGAUUCGACUUUCCGUAUCCCCGUCACAGCCGAUCUGGUAGGCAGUGGGGCGCAGAACUUCCGCAUUGCUCUUAUGGAUCAGAAGGCUGAGAUAGGCUCGGUCGAGAUACCACUGUCGGAUGUUCAAGAGGCACCGAACAUGAUUCUCCAGAAGAAGUUUGAGGUCGGUGGCGGCGCAACGGUCAGAGCAAGCAUUUCUCUGCGUGGUAUAGCGCCGGCGUCUCUGGAAGAGAUCAGUCUCCCUCGGCGUUAG